CACUCUAGUUCAACUUGCACCUUCCCCAGUCAAAAACGCAAAGCCCGGCACCAUGGACAUCGACAAGAUGUUUAAGCUGCCAGCCAUGCCUCCUGGCAGGGCUGGUUCCAAGCGAAAGCUUCCCGACCUCCCUUCUGCAGAUUCAGAAGUUCUCAAACGAUUUAGGCCAGAAGAGAGUUCUUCCACGUCAGAUGAAGCUCCUUCCGGAGUUCGCAACAUAAACCAUUCGGCUCGGGUCGAGGAUGAGAACGAGGAGUCGGCGGGAACGCAUAACGGAAACGGAUAUGAUGAAGACAAUGCGGAUGAAGAUGAUGAAGAGGGCAGGUUCUUCGGCGGCGGCCUCAAUGACGAGCAAAACCAAAUCCUUGACAUCUUUGACAAGGCGACCGACGACCAGGAGGAGACCACAGCCAUGACACUGCCUGCUCUGAGGCGAAUGACUGGCCAGUUCGAGCGAAUUGUGACUCGGAACGCCGAGCAGCGCGGCAAAUACGCCGAUGAUCCAUCCAAAUUCAUCGAUUCUGAAUCCGAUUUGGACGCAAUGUUGAAGCGGUUUCUGCCGCUCACUCAAAACCCGACCGCCUUCUACCCAGAGUUGGUCAAGGGAGGAACCAUCACUCUGCUCGUCAGCCUCCUAAGUCACGAGAACACCGACAUCGCCAUCGACGUUGUGGAGGUGUUGCAGGAGCUUACUGAUGAGGAUGUUGGCGUCCAGGGUGACCUGAGUGAUGACGAUGACGACCUUGCAACGCAAAAAGCGGAGGGAUCAUCAGAAACCCGUCUAGCAAUGGCCGAGUUGAUUGAUGCCUUGAUCUCCAACUCGGUGUUCGAGUUGCUGGUGUCGAAUCUUCAGCGCCUUGACGAGAAGGAGGACACCGACCGGCAGGGCGUGUUCUCCAUCUUGGGCGUCUUCGAGAAUCUCCUGUCCUUCAUGCCGCCUCUGGCAGAUGAAGUUGGGUCGACAACGCCGUUACUGAAGUGGCUUCUGGACCGCAUCUCGCUUGAGGCGUACGACAGCAACAAGCAGUACGCUUCGGAAAUCCUGUCCAUCCUCCUCCAGAGUAGCAGAUCAAACGCUUUGAAGGUCAUCGGGAUGGAAGGGGUUGACAAGCUGUUGACCAUCCUAUCACAGUAUCGCCGUCAAGACCCCCGCGAGGCAGAAGAGGAGGAAUUCAUGGAGAACACGUUCAACUCCCUGGUUUCCCUCGUCUCUCUACCGGAAGGCAAACGACAAUUUGUUGAGGCUGAGGGUGUAGAGCUGAUGAUCAUGAUGUUGAAGGAAAACAAGAUGUCCCGCAGCCGUGCGAUCAAGGUAUUGGACUAUGCGCUUCAACCUGCAGAUGGUGUGCCGGCCUGCGAACGGUUUGUUGAGAUGCUGGGCCUUAAAACGUUGUUCUCCUCGUUCAUGGGCAAGGGAGGAGACAAGAAGGGUCGUGUGCGCGCGGGGACGUUCGAGGAAGAUGAACACCUCUUGGGUAUUAUCUCCAGCUUGUUCACAAGCCUCUCUUCUGAUACGCCCCCUCGACUCCGUUUGAUUGCCAAGUUUGUGGAGAAGGACUAUGAGAAGGUCGACAGGCUUCUUGAGCUCCGCCGGGACGCUGAAGGUCGACUGAGGACUAUCGAUCGCCAAAUCGCUCAACAGCGAAAGGACUUGAUCGCGGACGGCGAGGAUGUCGAUGAUGACCAAGAAGACGAGUGGUACCUGGACCGACUUUCUUCCGGCCUUUCCGCCAUUCAAAAUGCGGAUUACAUUCUGGCGUGGAUGUGUAUGGAAGACGAUGGGGCUAAGCUCCACGCUCAAACUCUACUGUCGAGGACCGGCCAGUCCCUUUCCGACGUCCGGGAUGUCUUGUCUGAAAUGGCAGCGAGGCUUGACGACGACGAUCAAGACGACCCAGAGUCAGCUCUCGCGCAGCAGAAGGUCAUCUUGGAUCACUUGGUGGCCUUCCUCGGUGACAGCUCCUGAUCCUAGAGGGUUGGGUCGUGAAGGCGCUAUGCAACUGUUUCAAUAUAGCAAUACAACUGUG